CGACCCGCCCACACCAGUCUGGCCUGGAGCUGAGGUGUCCUGGUCGCCUGCAUGCGCACAGCCUGUUCUGGUGCCCCGGUACCCCAACCAGGUCUGGUCAUGUCCCUGCGCCCCUUGCUCUGGCCGCUCCAGCUGCUGCUGCUGCUGCUGCUCAAUGGGGCGGUGUGCCGAGCUGAGGCUGGGCCAGAAACCGAAAGUCCUGUCCGGACCCUCCAAGUGGAGACCCUGGUACAGCCCCCUGAAUCAUGUACAGAAUCCGCUGCCCUUGGAGACACGCUCCACAUCCACUACACGGGCAGCUUGGUAGACGGACGCAUUAUUGAUACCUCCCUGUCUAGAGAUCCUCUGGUGAUAGAACUUGGCCAAAAGCAGGUGAUUCCAGGUCUGGAGCAGAGCCUUCUGGACAUGUGUGUGGGAGAGAAGCGAAGAGCAGUCAUCCCUUCUCACUUGGCCUAUGGAAAGCGAGGAUACCCGCCAACCAUCCCAGCGGAUGCAGUGGUCCAGUUUGAUGUGGAGCUGAUUGCAUUGUUUCCAGCCAACUACUGGCAAAAGCUGCUGAAGCGCUUUUUGCCUCUGGUAGGCAUAGCUAUGGUGCCGGCACUCCUGGGUCUGAUCGGGUAUUACCUAUACAAAAAGGCCAGCAGACCCAAAGUCUCCAAAAAGAAGCUGAAAGAAGAGAAACGAAACAAGAGUAAAAAGAAAUAAA